ACUGCUAAAGUUCUGGAGGAUGUGAUGAUGACCAGAGAGGGAGAAAAACUGCCAAAGACUCUGACUGAGAUGUACAUAGCAUUCCUGGAGGUUAACUUCGCAAUCAAGAAGGAAAAGUAUGAUGGAGGAAAAAAGACAAGAUCAAUCUGGAGUCCAGAGAACAAGAAGCUGAUUGAGUCUCUAGGAAAACUGGCUUUUGAGCAGCUGCUGGAGGGAAACCUGAUCUUCUAUGACAAAGAGCUCAAAAAGUGCGGCAUCAACAUCAAAGAUGCUGCGUUGUUCUCAGGAGUGUUCACUGAAAUGUUUAAAAGAGAGAGAGGGACGUGCGACAUCUCCGUCUACUCCUUUGUUCAUCUGAGCAUCCAGGAGUUUCUGGCUGCAGUCUACAUGCUCCACUGUUUCACCAGCAGGAAGUCAGAGGUGAUCAAGACGUUUCUGGGAGAAAAAUACAGAGAAACAUCUCUAGAUGAGUUCAUGAAGAAAGUCAUGGAGAAAUCCCUCAUCAGUGAAAAUGGCCACCUGGACCUGUUUGUCCGCUUCCUUCAUGGUCUCACUGUGGAGUCCAACCAGAGACUCUUAGAAGAUCUGCUGGGUCAGACAGAGAACAGUCCAGAAACCAUCCAGAGAAUCAUCACCAACCUGAAGGAGAUGAACACUGAUGAAAUCUCUCCUGACAGAAUCAUCAACAUCUUCUACUGUCUGGUGGAGAUGAACGACGUCUCAUUUUAUCAGGAGAUCCAACGGCUGCUGGAUUCAGGGAAGCAGCUCUCAGAGACUGACUGUUCAGCUCUGGCCUUCAUGCUGCAGAUGUCAGAGGUUCUGGAUGAGUUGGACCUGGAGAAGUACAACACAUCAGCUUAUGGACGACGGAGACUGGUUCCAGCUGUGAGGAACUGCAGAAAGGCUCGACUUGGUGACUGGUGGCUCCAAAAUUAUGAUUGUGAAGUUUUGGCCUCGGCUCUGAAGUCCAACCCAGAUCUGACUGAACUGGAAAUAAAUCAGAUCGACAUAAAUGGUUGUGGAGACUCUGAUCUGAAGCCUCUGGUUGAGAUCCUGGAGAGUUCAGUCAGUAAAGUGAAGAAUCUGAGAUUGUGGGACUGCAGU